GCAAUAGUACUUGCACAUACUUAAUAUUUUGUCUUAGAUGUGAAAUUCGUUUAGUCAUGUUCCCCAUCUCAUAGCACUAUAAUAGUAGGCUAAUUAGCCUUUUUGUGGUACGGAGGACGCUUUUGCACGGUUUCGUUUAAUUAGUGUCUACUUAUAGAGACAUUUACCCAAACCUAAUAAUAGUGACAUAGUGAUGUGUUCGCCCAUGAAUUCUUCCUUCAUGGUCCACCAUACCUCAAAAUGGCGUAUUGGAGUAUGAAGAAAGACACGAAUUUCUUGGUUAUACUUUAGGCACGAACAGACCUUGUGUUUCAUGCGGACCGUACAGACAAAAGUGUCAUACAAUAGGUGUGUGGUGUGGUGGUGCAAUGCACUAUUGCACAGGGGGUUAACAAUGUGACUACCGAACAUGCGGGGCUGUUAUUUCUCAUCACAAGGAAGUGGCUCAUGUGAUGAGAAAUCGAUAACUUGAACCGCAGUUAUAUACUGAACUGAAAAAGUUCUACUCGCUCUUUUAACGGCCGGACUGAAGUAAGCAACCACGUGCCUGGGCGAACCCACGACUGUAGAGAAGUUAUCAAAAAAAAAAAGUCGUCUUUCGUUGAGAGGCAGAAUAUUUGAACACGAUGGAGUCGAAAGUUAAGCGUGGUCUGUUAUGCAUUGGGAUUCUGAUGGGGAUCCAGCUGGAGUGUGCCAUGGGUAUAACAUCUGACAUUAACGCGUAUGUUGGAUGGGGCGUGGGGGUGAUAGUGGCUGUCGCUGUUGGGUGCGUCGUCGCAGCGGUCCUCAUAUGUGUUUGCUGCGUGUGCCUGUGCUACCACCUCUGUUGCAAGCAUCCACAAGCCACAACCACGACGAUUGUAGUGCCCCCUGGCAAUCAACAACAACCAUACGUUCACCAACCUGGAGCGCCACCACCGGCCUACAACCAGCAGCCAAUGGCCAUGCAACAGUCUCCGGCACAAGGAGCUAUGUAAUUCUGCACGACAACCUCACAUGUUUCGAUGAGCCUUUUGACAAAAAAAAUGGUGGACACUAUGGUAUUGCACUUUUUGGUUUGGGUGGAUGUGAUCAGAUUUACCCAAAUCUAUAGUAUUGUGUCCGCCAUAUACUUUAGAAUGGACAAUAAUAUGGUUCCGUGACUAGCGGUGCGGGUUAGGGCUAUAAUGACGGGUUAGGGUUAGGGUGAUGGUUAGGGUAGGGUGAGGGAGGCUUCAUACGUCAACAGGGUCAACCAAACAGAUAAAGUCAAUAAUGAAUCUACAAUCCUAGGGAGGCUUCACACGAUGGGCUUACGCAGGCCUCCUGUUGCAUAUCCCUCAUCAAUGGUUGUUUUAUAAAGUUGAAUUCAGAAAAGAAAACUCAACACGAACAUCUGCAAAUAAUUCAACAUUAUGACAAAUGUUGAAGUAUGAAUGUUUAAUAUAAACAUUAAUAACAAUAAGGUAAAUAAAAUUAAACAAGACCACUAGAUAUUAUACUAGCAAUGGUGGUGAAGAAUUCGGCUUCUCGUGAAUUUAAAUUAAAAAACGAAUUUUUACUUUUAACUUUUAGACAUCUCAUAAGAAAUAAAUCUUAAUCUAAAGCAGCACAAACAAAAACUUUUCUCGCUUGAAUUACACUGAUGUUGCAUUUCAUAGAACAUAGUGGAAAAUACGCCAUGUUUUAUUUUGUAUGUGCUGUAAACACAUGGUUGAACUUAACUGAAAUUUUAGAAGCUAGAUUUUUGUUUAAAGGUCGUAUGUCUAUAGUUUGCUUUUAAAAGCAUAGUUAGUAACUAUGUAUGAGGCAGCACAAAAAGGAGUGAUAACCUUUAAACAAAUCGUUUGAAUGUCGUUGUACUCAUAGAAUUUGUGAUUUUUUUUAAAAUUUUUUUUUCAGGCAUAACAUGAUUUUUACUCUUUUUUUUUAUCUGUACACAUUUCUUCAGAUAUCUACAGCUCUUGGUCAUUGUUUACUUCUUUUGAUUUUGUAAACUCAUAAAAUACAUUUCGUACACAGACAUAAUGCAUUGCUUCGUCGGAUCUUUCCAAUCAAAUUUGAAGGGACUGUAAAAUAAGCAAUCGUGUUUUAUGUUUUAUAGAAAAAAAUAUCUUCCCAACCGAGAAUGAAUAUGGGGGCUGAACAUGGAUAAUAUAGUUUUUUUCUAAAGGCAUUGGACACAUUUGUAGUGUCAAAUACCAGUAUUCUCAAUUUGUGUAUCCAAGUAUUAUGUACAACAAUUUGUUUGGCUCAAUUGGUCAUCGAAGUUGCCAGAAAAAUAAUGAAAGAAACAAAUCCUUGCACAACUUU